AUGUCGUCUCCCACCCCCGACGACACGCGCAUCGACGCCGACCAAACCUCCACACACAGCUCCUACGCCUCGUCCUCCGACUCAUCCUCCCGCGCGCGACGAAACAAGGAGAAACAAGCCCUCCGCCUCAUCGCCUUCAUCGCAGCAAACAUCAUAGCCCUCGCCUGCGGCUCCAUCGUCGUAUUCUCCCUCUACGCGCCCCUCCUCCAGUCCCGCCUGCACUACACGCAGUUCCAGGUCAACGCCGUCGCUAUCGCUGGCUCCGUGGCGCUGUACCUUCCUAUUUCGCUCAUCGGGUAUAUCUGCGAUCGCGUUGGGCUGAAGCCGCUUGCGCUGGGGGGAGGAAUCCUCUUUGGCAGCGGGUAUGGCAUCGCAGCGGGUGUUUAUCGGAAGUUGGAUCUGGAGUAUCGGAGUCAUCCUGGGUAUCGUGUCAAUGGAGACUGGUCCGUUCCGUUUCUGAUGUUUGCGUUUGUGUGUAUUGGUAUCGCGACGUGUGCGCUUUACAUGGCUUCUGUGUCAUCUUGCGCCAAGAAUUUUGGAAAGGGUCGGUAUCGGGGAUUGGCGCUUGCUACGCCGAUUACCUGUUUUGGAUUGAGUCCUAUGUGGCUGAGUCAAGCGGGAACUCGUCUGUUCACUGAGACGAGGCCAGACGGGUCCAAGGGUGACUUGGAUGUAUUCCGCUUCUUCCUCUUCCUCGCCAUCUUGACUUUCUCCAUGGGUAUGCUGGGUACAUUCACCCUCCGUGUCGUGGAUGAGGAUGAGCUUAUCGAUGAGGCUAUCGAGGAGCUGGAGCAGAGCGGAUUACUCGAUGGAAGCUCUUUGCUCGGCAGGUCCGAGAGGAGUUACGGUGCGACGGGUGAUGAGACCGAGGGUUCAGCGCUGCUUGAUCCGUCGAAAGACGAUGCACAGUGGAAGAAGAACUGGGUCCUCAACGCUGAAACGCGUUCGUUUCUGUCUGACCGCACCAUGUGGCCUUUUGCUCUGGCAUUCCUCCUGAUCGUUGGACCAGGCGAGGCUUUCAUCAACAACCUGGGCACAAUCAUCGGUACACUGACACCACCUGAGAUGGAAGGUCUAAGCCAUCGGACGUCAGCGGCAACGCACGUGUCCAUCUUUGGUGUCACAAACACUGCUUCUCGUAUCUUCAUCGGUACUCUGACUGAUCUUCUGGCACCGUAUCCCCAGACACAGCAUGUUCAAGCACCGCAUGCUCGCUCAGCCGUGAGCAACCGCUUCUCCAUCUCCCGCGUCGCCUUCAUGGCCUUCUUUGCAACGCUCCUCUCAAUCGGUCUCUUGAUCCUCGCAUCCGGCCUCGUCCAAAACCACGCUGAGCGCUUCUGGCUCGUCUCAGGUCUCGUGGGCGCAGGCUACGGCGCGAUAUUUAGUCUUACUCCCUUGAUCGUCACAAUCAUUUGGGGCGUAGAGAACUUUGCUACGAAUUUCGGCAUCAUUGGUAUGCUUCCCGCUGCAGGCUCUACGUUCUGGGGCCUCGUCUACUCAGCGACGUAUCAGAACGGCGCGAACAACUCAAAGUCUGCGCCUGGGGGCGAAGAGCGUGGCGAUUUGUUCUGCUACGGUGAGCAGUGCUAUGCUCCGACUUACUGGGCUGAGACUGUUACUGUGUGGGUUGCUGUUGGGUUACUGAUCUGGGCCUGGAAAGGUAGAGGGGGAUGGUCCCAGCGUGGAAUUGUUAUUUAG